CAUAACACAGCAACGUUCUCGUAGUGUUCACUGGAGCGUUUACCAAGAACUAUCGUUUCACUUCUAUUAUACCCUGGUCAUCCGUGGACACUUUAACUUGUGUUCUUGUGCGUGUGUCAUGAAUGCGUUUCCAACAUCAUAUAGUUUGGAGGAGGACAAGAACCCGGCACGCUAAACAUUGCUAGCAGCUCUUGCUAGCAGGAUAUCGAGGCAUGUAAAAUGAGUGGGGCAAACCAAAAAACUUUAUUUCAGACCUGGGGAGCAAAUGUACCGAAGACACUCGUCACAAAUGAGCUCGGGAAGAAGACUACCGGACGGGGUAGAACUAAGGCAAACCCGAGCAAACGUCUGCCUAAGGUUAUAAAGCAGGAGAAACCCAAACAAACCCCUGCACGCAAGUCAUUCUACAGUGAAAUUGGUCAAGGCUCCAGUGUCAGUUCAUCCAAUGCGGCAGAGGAGGAGGAGGAUGAUGAGCUUAUGUUGGUGGCCGUACACGAGGCCGAGAUGUCUCUUGGCAACGUUGAUGGACAUCAUGACCUACAGACAGACAAUAUUUCCUGUGCAGCCUCUUCACAUUUACCUGGGUUUGACAUAUCUUCUGGGAAAGUAUGGAUAUACCCCACAAAUUACCCCAUCAGAGAUUACCAGUUGAAAAUAUCAGAGGCAGCACUUUUCCAGAACACCCUGGUUUGUUUACCAACUGGGCUUGGGAAGACAUUUAUCGCCUCUGUGGUGAUGUACAACUUUUACCGCUGGUAUCCAAAUGGGAAAAUAAUUUUCAUGGCACCGACUAAACCCCUUGUGGCUCAGCAGAUAGAGGCGUGUUACAAAGUGAUGGGCAUUCCCCAGGAGCACAUGGCUGAACUGACAGGUAGCACACCAGCACCACAGAGAUGUGAGCUGUGGCAGUCCAAGAGAGUGUUUUUCUUGACGCCACAGGUGAUGGUGAAUGACCUGUCUCGAAACACCUGCCCCGCAACCCAAGUCAAGUGUGUGGUGAUAGACGAAGCCCACAAGGCCUCAGGAAACCAUGCCUAUUGUCAGGUUGUCAGGGAGCUGUUCAACCAAUCACGUCAGUUCCGUGUGCUGGCUCUGAGUGCAACUCCUGGGGGAGACAUGAAGGCAGUGCAACAGGUCAUUACCAACCUGCUCAUCUCCCACAUAGAGUUGAGGUCUGAGGAGAGUGCCGACAUCAGGGCCCAUUCUCAUCAGCGCAGUGUGGAGAAAAUGGUUGUCCCACUUGGGGAGUGUCUAACUGGGUACCAAACACGCUACAUUCAGGUCCUUGAGAGGUUCAUGUCCCGUUUGCUGCAGUUGAACCUGAUGUGUCAUCGUGACCUACGCUCCCUCACCAAGUACCAGCUCAUCCUUUCUCGCCAGCAGUUCCGCAGCAACCCACCACCACAAGUACAGGUUGCCCAGUACGGUGCGUUGGAGGGAGACUUUGCUUUGUGCAUCAGCUUGUACCAUGGUUAUGAACUGCUCAUGCAAAUGGGCCUGCGGUCGCUCUACCUCUUCCUGCACGGCAUCAUGGGAGGAGGAAAAGAAACAUCUCGAGUCAGAAGUGAGCUUCAGAGAAGCGCAGAGUUUAUGGACCUGUACAAGGAUAUGGAGGCGGUCUUCCUUCCACCUGCUGCAGGUGCUGCAGAGCAGGUCUUCUACAGUCAUCCCAAACUGCAGAAGCUUGAGGAGGUGGUGCUGCAGCACUUCCAGACCUGCUCAGAGGCCGCAGGCAAGUAGCUACUCAACACGCGUGUCAUGAUUUUCUCCUCUUUCCGGGAGAGCGUCCAGGAGAUCGCCAGCAUACUGAAUCGCCACCAGCCCCUCAUCAAGGUCAUGACCUUCAUGGGCCAAGCUUCAGGCGGCAAAGGAGUGCGAGGGUUCACACAGAAGGAACAGUUAGAGGUGGUCAGGCGUUUCAAGGAGGGCGGCUUCAAUACGAUUGUUUCGACGUGUGUGGGUGAAGAGGGCCUGGACAUUGGCGAGGUGGACCUGAUUGUGUGCUUUGACGCUCAGAAGAGCCCCAUACGACUGGUGCAGCGCAUGGGCCGCACAGGCCGACGCAGGCAGGGCCGCAUCGUCGUCAUCCUGGCACAGGGUCGGGAGGAAAGGACGUACAACCAGAGUCAGAGUAACCGUCGCAGUGUGAACAGGAGCAUCCUGGAGAAUAGCCGCUGCUUCCACAUGUUCCUCAACAGCCCACGGAUGCUUCCAGAGGGUCUGACCCCCACACUUCACAAGAUGCACAUCACCUGUGGACAGUUUGAGGCCAAAGACCUGACGAGCCGGCGUUCCAGCAAGGGCCGAAAGUCGAUCACAGAGGGCCGAGAGGGCCUAGUGCACCCUGACACUUUAGCUGCUGAGGAGAGCCCGACCAAAGAUGGCUUCCUGACUCCCAGGGAGUUUUCUCUGUGGUCGUCCACCAUGAGGCUGGGAGAGGAUGAGCCCCGGCCCACACUCCCCCGCUCACACUUCCUGUCUUUCUCAGAAGAGCAGGAGGAGGCUUUAGAAAAAGAUGGACCCACGCAAGAGCUCUGCCUGUGGGAAUGGAGGCAUUGGCAGAACAGACCUCAGUACACACACAGCGUGGGGCACUCGGACCGAUGUCUCCAUUUCACGUCCAUCAUGGACCUGAUUGACAACUUGAAGCAGGAGGAGGGAGCAUCUGGAGGGCAGGGCGAGUGCAGCUAUGAGACUGACCUGAAGCCCUACCUGCACAAGGAGGACGUGACUGGGCUCACGGAUGACAAACUAAAGGGCAGGUGCGCCAAGAGGUCGAAGGAAACCAAACCGACGACCUCCGCAAAGCAAAGGAAAAACAGCAACUUCUCCCGUGUGGCCAGCUGUUCAGAAUACUUAGAAGAAGACUCUGUGGACUUGAAAAGAGCAAAGGUGACACCUCCGAGUGCCUGGACCAUGGUGAAGGAGAUGACCCCUGAAGCAGUUGUCAAACAUGAAGACAAAGGUCCAGAGAUCCACAGUCAAUGCUCCUCUGCUGGUUUUAAUCAGCUGAUGCUCAUGGACGAUGACUGUAUUUUUCACAAUGACGGAGAUGAAACCCCAUCGAAGAGGCUCCAUCCAGUAGAGACUGAGGUCAGAAUGACUGGGUCGGACGGCAUGAAUGAGAUGCAUCCAAUAACCAAACUGGACUUUGAUCAUGAAGAACCGACAGAAGAACAGGCAUCCGAGUUUGAGGAUAUUUUUUAUUUCCCAAAGUACUGCAAGAAGUCAAGAAUCAAACCCAUCAUAGAAUACUCACCAAAUGUUUUAAAGGUUCUACAAAAUGUCAAACAACUUCUCUGCAAAUCCCCACCCCUAACUCUCGAUUUGGAGCUCUGUCAGAUGGAGAUGCCCCCCGAUCACGAUACGACCAGAGAAUCGAAAGAGCUUCAAAUGGAUUUGCUUUGUGAUGAUGAUGACCCAUUCCAGAUCAAUUUCUGUUUGGAGGCCAAAGUUGAUAUUGACGACGAUGAUGAAUCAACAGAAGUAGAGUCUGUGCAAAAUGAAGAAAUUUCUCAUGCAAUGUCUCCAAGCUUCAAUGAAACCUCCCAUUCAUAUGCUCUGCAAAAUAACGCUGCUGAACACUCGCAUGAAAUGGCAAACAGCCCCAAAUGGGAUGCAGUUUUCGGGGAUUCAGAAGAUGAGCCAGAGCCUGAAAGAAAAGGCCUUAAAAAUAAGGUUCUUAAAGACAUUCAGCCUUCACAAUCAUUGGAAAUGGUUCACAAAAGAGAUUCACUUGGGCACAGCAUCCUGAAUGAGAGUGUUGAUCUUUUUGUUGAUGAUGAAUUCCUGGAAAUAGCUACGCCAGACAGGUCGAGCUCAGACAAAGAUGACAUGAAGAUUGAAUUGGUGGAAGUCAAAAACGGGGACAUGGAAGUUCGUGAAAACACAGUUGAUAUUACCUUGCAAGCUUCCAAAACUAUGACACCCAUCGUUCAGCAGAAACCUGCCGAGAGCUCUGAGCAUUUCGACAACUCUCAGGACUUUUUCUCUGUGAACUUUGACCUGGGAUAUUGUCUUGAGGACGACGAUGAGGACGAGAUGGAAGUUAAUGACAACCUGCAGUCACCUCCAGCUCUGCCUUCCUCACCCUCACCUAAAUUGGCGAUAAGUCCAAAUUCAUCCCAUAAACCUAAUAACACAAUCAAUACCCCAAUACAUGCACAACCACUCUCGAUCUCCACUCCAAGUUACAGCUUCAUGAAGCCCAAACAUAAGACCGCAGCCCCGAACCACCAAGAGAAGGUGAAGAGGUUAAGGACCUCAAUGACAUCUGAUGUCACAGAAGCUUCGGUAGACGGAUAUCCAGAGGCCAUUACGUCAAAAUGGAGCCUCACACCCCCAGGACGGGGUACCUCAUAUAUGUCACACAAGAAGUCUACACUUCAGAGGCCAUUGCUCCAAGUAGAGUCUACAGACAAUUUCGCAAAAUCAGAGCAUCCUGUAAGUGACAGUGAGGAUGUCCGUCAACUCAACCCACUCUCUUCCCCCGAGCAUUCAAAGGUGUUCAGUGAUGUGGACUCUCCGGUGCAAGUUACCAGGAGACGUGUUGGGGCCCGACACAACCUUAUGUCUGAGGAGAGUGACGUGGAGGCGAUAUCUGACGCUGACUUCCAGGACACUUCUCUGAGGCAGACCCGUGUGCCACUGAUCAAUGAUUCUUGUCAGCAUUCAAAGGUGUUCAGUGAUGUGGACUCGCCGGUGCAAGUUAUCAGGAGACGUGUUGGGGCCCGGCACAACCUUAUGUCUGAGGAGAGUGACGUGGAGGAGGUGAUAUCUGACAAUGACUUCCAGGACACUUCUCUGAGACAGACCCGUGUGCCGGCACCACGCAAACAAGUCCACAAGCCUUCCCGCGCAACACACUCAAAGCAGGCAACAAAGCAGAGACGGGGCCGUGUGUUUCUGGACGAUGAGGCGGAGCUGUCUGAGGAAGACGGGGCUGUGUCAUCUGAUGAAGAGGACGGUGAGGAGCAGGACACGAUGCUGCAAGGCUUCGUGGUGGACAACAGCUACCUCUCACAGGGGGGCCUCAACGAUUCUGAGAUGCAGAGCGUUUACCUCAAAUCAGUGAGGAGUCCAGCCGUCCCACAGAAGUACAAGAUGCAAUUCAGGCCCAAGAACAACAACAUGGAUAUCUUUUCACAGGUGCCUGAGCAGGACGAGUCGUACGGCGAGGACAGCUUCGUGGUGCACGGCAGUGAUGUGGAGGAGCUGGAAAGCAGUGGGGGAGACGAGGGAGAGGAGGAGGAGGAGCAGCAGGAGUUAGUGCAGCUUCUCGGUGAAGACUCCUUUGUGGAUGGAAGAAGGAACUACGCCACGCGUCGCAAAGUUCAACAAAGCCGGGCCAGGGGAAGCAAACCGAUCCCCCCUAAGCCGACCGAGAAAACCAAGCGCUCCCGCAUCGUGCGGCUGGCUGACUCCAGUGACGAGGAGCAGCAGGAGGAAAGUGACAGGAGCACGGCAGCAACGAAGACCACUGGCCCAGUCCACGCCCAAGCAGCCAAUCGGAAGCAGCCGAGCCCUCGUCCAGAUUUCAAAGCUCCCAUGCCCCCGCCGCAGCCCUCUGCUGUGUGUAAAGCUGUCGCUGUCGCUGUCGCAGACGCUUCAGAGAAGAGGAAACUUCAGCGUUAUCAAGUCCAGGCCCAGAUCUCAGACGAACUCGACUUUGAUGUGAAGCCCUCCACUUGUGCCCAUAAUGAGUCUCAAGCUGGCAACUCCAUUGCCUCUGUGGACGGUGAUCUCACCACAUCUACCGCGGCUCCCAUGUGCAUUCUGGUGGACAGCCGCUGCAUCGCGCGAGGGCCUGAAGUGGUGUCUGCCCUGCGUCUUCGCCACAGCCUGACUGCAAAGGUCUGCUCGCUGGACGGCUGCGACUUCAUAGUGAGCAACCGCAUGGCAGUGGAGCGGCAGACUCAGGCGGAAGUGGCGUCGGCGGCAAAUCGCAAGCGGCUGCUGGAGCGCAUGCACAGCCUCCAGGGCCUCUACGAGAGGGUGUGCCUCAUACUGGAGGCCGACCGGAUACGCCCAGGAGAAACCGCUCGACCUUUCCAGCGCACCCGUUACUACGACAGCGCCCUGGGGGGUCUGGUGCAGGCAGGGGUCAGGUUGCUGACGAGCGCCGGGCCAGAGGACACGGCGGCCAUCUUGGCGGAGCUAGCACGUGUGGAGCAGAGGAAGGGCCAGGCCAUCGCCGUACCUGUGGAGGUCAAAGGUCAGCAGCAGCAGGCGCUGCAGUUCUACCUCACGCUGCCGUGCGUCAGCUACGUCAACGCCCUCAACAUGUGCCACAACUUCCGCACCGUGGCCCAACUUGUCAACAGUUCUGUGGAGGAGCUGCAGAAAGGUGUAUAUGUGAGUCACUCCAGGGCUGAGGACAUCUACCGUGGCCUACACUAUCCCUGUGACAUCACCCUGAUGGUCACUCGCUGAAUUGCACGAACGCAUGCACGCACACACACACACACACACACA